CAAAAACACCAAAAAUGACGCAGGAGUACCUUAAUUCAAGGACGGUUCGCUCUGGUGAUGUGUUGGACACGAUUUGUCGCAUUAUGGAUGACGAUGGCCCCCAACCGAUGAGGAAUAUGAAGCCGACUCAGAAGGUUCGUAAUGGAGCUGAACAGUUCAGUUCAGAACAUCACGGCGAAUACGAGGCCCGGGGUCGGCAGAGUAGCGAUCGUGUGGGCAAGGUAAACAGACACAAUGAAACCUAUCCCAAGAUGCGUGACGAGCUGAAAAAACGUCGUUCUUGCAUGGAGGUAACGGUAUAUGGCGCGAAAAGAAGCAAGAUGACACAAGUCGUCAACACGAAGCAACGUAAAGCAUGCGUCAAAAAACUAUCGAAAUUUCAAAAUAGGAACACUAAAUCCGUAUACCGAUCGUGUAACUCGAGAAAAAAAACAAAAACACGCGGGAAAAAUCGAAUAUCCAAAUCGAAGAGACGUUCAAAUCGCGCAAGACCCCGUAAUCGAGUUCACACAGCGUCUACCAUUACGGAGAAUAAUGACUGUCAAAUUUCGAACUGCCAGUUAUAUAAGCACAAAAUGAGCGGGAACGAUAAUUCAAAUAUGGAAUUGUCGGCCGCCACCACAGAUAAUAAAAGUAGAUGCGAAAUGUUUGGUACAGAUAACACACAAAACCCUAUGCGUCUGAAAUCGUCAAGUCAACUGUCUAAAGGAGGGGAUAUAUCGAAUGGGUCCGAAGCUGUUUCACUAAACCCUGAUACCAGUGAUCCCUCUAUUACUACUUAUAAUAGUAACACGUCUAUAGUACAGAUAACACACAAAACCCUAUGCGUCUGA